GCAGUGCAACAUACAAGCAUUCAGAAUAAGAGAGCAGAGUUCCAUCUGCACCAGUUGGAAGAUCCUUGCGGUUGUGAAGCACUAUGAAGUGCACAUUGAUCCUCUUCAUGUGCUACCUGACUGGCCGGGCCCAUGGCUGGCGGUAUUACCCCUCCACAGAGCUCAAAAACUGGACCCAAGCCAGGGAGUGGUGUCGGGAAGAAUACACUGACAUGGUGGUCAUCCAAAGCCAGGAGGAGAACGACCAUCUGGUCUCUCUGCUGCCCACCCGAACCGGGUAUCCGUAUUACUGGAUAGGAAUCACAAAGAGCGAGAAGAGCGACCCGUGGACCUGGGUAGGGAACAACAGCACCUGGGUCGGUAAUCAGUCCUGGGCCACCAACGAGCCCAACAACAACCACGUCACUGAGUUCUGCGUGGAGAUAUACGUUAACAACAACAAGGACAAAAGAGGAAAGUGGAACGACGAGAAGUGCAGUGAGAAAAAGUACCCCGUUUGUUACCAAGCCCAGUGCAAUACGACAUCCUGCGACAGAGGGAGAUGUCGUGAAACCAUCGAUAACACCAUCUGCCUUUGUGAGCCAGGCUUCGGAGGGGACAGGUGCCAGACAGCGGUCACUUGCGAUGCCCUCUCGGUUCCCCAGCACGGCCGUCUCCAGUGUCACGGAUCCUACGGACCUUCACGCUUCAAUUCGUCCUGCCGGUUCCACUGUGACCUCGGGUACCGCGUGGAGGGCCCGGAAUGGCUGCAGUGUCAGGCGUCCGGACGCUGGGACCACCCGGCCCCCCGGUGCCAAGUGGAACAGUGCGCGGCUGUGAAACGGACGUCUGACAGACUGCUCAGGACCUGCCUCCAUCCGAUUGCCAAUGACAGCUUCAACUCCACUUGUGCGUUCAGUUGUGAGGAGGGUUUCGAGCUCAGUGGACAGAGCGUGACGAUAUGCGACCAUGCGGGUCGAUGGACCGCCGAGGUCCCGACGUGUUCAGCGGUCACGUGCGACGCCCUCUCGGUUCCCCAGCACGGCCGUCUCCAGUGUCACGGAUCCUACGGACCUUCACGCUUCAAUUCGUCCUGCCGGUUCCACUGUGACCUCGGGUACAGCGUGGAGGGCCCGGAAUGGCUGCAGUGUCAGGCGUCCGGACGCUGGGACCACCCGGCCCCCCGGUGCCAAGUGUUUGGCUGCCCCCCUCUCUCCCAAUCCCUGUAUGGGGGUCUGAACUGCUCUGACCAGAUCCACGCCUUCGACUCUACCUGCCCUGUAGGCUGCCCCUUUGGAUCCCUCAAGCUGAGGUCAGGCCAGCUCACCUGUAGCAAUGAUGGGACCUGGCGUGGGCCGACGCCCAUUUGUAUAAACUAUAAACAUGCUUUAAUGGCUCUGGCUGGUUGCGGGGCCUUCAUGAUGAGUUGCAUCUUUUUUUUGAUUAUGAAGCGCAGAAAAAAUAAGAAACUUUCCCAGCAAAGGGAAUAUGAAGAAGACAUGGGUUCAGGCGAUGAGCCUCAUAGCUGAAGGAGGAAGACAAUUAUUCUUCAAACAUAGCCUGGGGCAGCUUGUAUCGCUGUGUUUAUCCUUCACUCAUAUUGUUUAGGAAAAUGAGAUAUAAAACUAUGUAAAUCUGAAUGACUUUUCUGGAGAUGUAUUUCA